AUGUUACGAGAUGAUUUUUCAUGUGCCAUCUGUUACGAUUUGGCGACUGAACCGGUUGUGACGCGCUGCGGGCACCUGUUCUGUUGGAAUUGCUUGGAUCACUGGCUGGGGCGGCGCGAUGCAGUGCUUGAAUGCCCGGUGUGUCGUGGCCGUGUGGACAAACGGUUACAUGGGGACAUUAUUCCGCUCUAUGGUAAGGGCAGGCAAACACACGCAGCAGGUUCCUCGUCGUCAGUAAAGUCCUCUUCAGUACCGCAGCCACAAUGCCACCAAAGUCAGGAGCAACCACACCGUCCACGCCCUGCCGCAGAUCGAGCACCGCCUGUGGAGCGCCCGGGGACGGGUUAUGUCAACCAUCCCCUUUCAUUGGGAAUUGGUAGCUCUUUCUUUAUUUAUGGAGGUAACAUGAGUCUGACCCUUGUGCUCGUAGCUUUAUGGGCCAUCUAUCAUUUUGCCCCUUGGCGCCAGGUAUUAGCGAGUGUGUGGGGCGGCAAUAGCAGCCAGGAGAGAACGAGGGAGACUGCGCAGCAUGAAAAUAAUGCGGAUUCCGAAGUUCGUCGAGCGCUUAGGCCAGAUACAGUAGUUCGAAGGGUGCUUCUAUCUGUGGUCAUUGCAUAUAUAAUUCAUUUCCUUUUUGUGGUUUGA